AGUGCGUGGGGGCGGGGAAGAGAGCGGCAGAUCUGGCGGGAAGCCCCUCAGCGCCCGGCCCCCCAGCCAUGUCGGCCGAGGAGAUGGUGCAGAUCCGCCUAGAGGACCGCUGCUACCCGGUGAGCAAGAGGAAGCUCAUCGAGCAGAGUGACUACUUCCGCGCCCUCUACCGCUCCGGCAUGCGCGAGGCCCUGAGCCAGGAGCCCGGCGGCCCCGAGGUGCAGCAGCUGCGCGGCCUCAGCGCCCCGGGCCUGCGGCUGGUGCUGGACUUCAUCAACGCCGGCGGGGCCCGCGAAGGCUGGCUCCUGGGCGCAAGAGGGGAGAAGGACGGAGGGGAGGAUGAGGACAUGGACGAGGCGAGCCUGCUGUCAGAGCUGGUGGAAGUGGCCUCCUUCCUGCAGGUUACCUCCCUGCUACAGCUGCUCUUGUCCCAGGUGCGGCUCAGCAAUUGCCUGGAGAUGUACCGUCUGGCGCAGGUGUAUGGGCUGUCCGACCUGCAGGAGGCCUGCCUGCGCUUCAUGGUCGUCCACUUCCACGAGGUGCUGUGCAAACCCCAGUUCCACCUCCUGGGGUCUCCUGCCCAAACCCCAGGGGACAUCAGCCUAAAGCAGAGGCUGAGGGAGGCCCGGAUGACUGGCACUCCAGUCCUCGUGGCCCUGGGGGACUUUUUGGGAGGACCUCUGGCCCCCCAUCCUUACCAGGGUGAGCCCCCGUCCAUGCUCAGGUACGAAGAAAUGACUGAACGUUGGUUCCCGCUGGCCAACAACCUUCCUCCCGACCUGGUGAAUGUUAGGGGCUAUGGGUCUGCUAUCUUGGACAACUACCUCUUCAUAGUGGGCGGGUACAGGAUCACAAGCCAGGAGAUCUCUGCUGCUCAUUCCUACAACCCAAGCACCAAUGAGUGGCUCCAAGUGGCUUCCAUGAACCAAAAGAGGUCCAACUUCAAACUUGUGGCUGUUAAUUCAAAACUGUAUGCCAUCGGUGGGCAGGCUGUUUCUAACGUUGAAUGUUACAAUCCAGAACAGGAUGCGUGGAAUUUUGUGGCACCUUUGCCGAAUCCUCUGGCUGAGUUCUCCGCGUGUGAGUGCCAAGGGAAUAUUUAUGUCAUUGGAGGAUAUACUACCAGAGAUCGGAACAUGAACAUUUUGCAGUACUGCCCCUCGUCUGACAUUUGGACACUCUUCGAAACCUGUGAUGUCCACAUCCGCAAGCAGCAGAUGGUAUCCGUGGAGGAGACCAUUUACAUCGUGGGCGGGUGCCUGCAUGAACUGGGACCCAACCGGAGGAACAGCCAGAGCGAGGACAUGCUCACCGUGCAGUCCUACAACACCGUCACCCGGCAGUGGCUCUACCUCAAGGAGAACACAUCCAAGUCAGGUCUUAACCUGACAUGUGCACUCCACAACGAUGGCAUCUACAUCAUGAGCAGGGACGUGACCUUAUCCACCAGCCUGGAACAUCGAGUUUUCCUCAAGUACAACAUCUUUUCAGAUAGUUGGGAGGCAUUUAGGCGUUUUCCAGCCUUUGGACAUAACUUGCUGGUUUCCUCUCUUUACCUGCCUAAUAAAACAGAAACGUGACUGAACUGAUUUAGUA